AUGGCAGAAAACGUCGACGACAAGGGUAUCUCAACUGCUCAUGAUGAAGCAAACAGCUUGGAUCUACCGCCUGCUGGCCACAAAUUUAAAUUUUCCGCCAAAGCAAAGAGGCAAGAUGGCGACGUUGCCUUGGCCCUGUUCGCCAAUGCCGAUGAAUUAAACGAGAUCAUUGAUGCUCAAGAAGAGAAGAAACUCAUCCGAAAGAUUGAUCUCGUCAUUCUCCCGUUGAUUGCUGUCAACUAUGCGUUCUUUUACAUCGACAAAACUACACUCUCUUACGCCGCCAUUUUCGGUAUUCGAGAAGACCUCAAUCUCCACGGCACGCAGUAUAGUUGGCUGAGCAGUUUAUUCUACUUCGGCUUCCUUGCAUGGGCAUUCCCAACGAACUUCUUGAUGCAGCGGCUUCCACUGGGCAAAUACGUUGGGUUCAACAUCUUCUUAUGGGGAUUCUUCUUGAUGCUACAGGCGGCGUGCAAUAGCUUCGCAACACUGGGAGUGUUGAGGGUGCUCGCUGGCGCCGCUGAAGCGUGUUCCGAUCCUAGCUUUCUGCUUGUCACUCAGAUGUGGUACACUCGCCGCGAGCAACCACUCCGAAUCGGCCUAUGGUACACAGCCAACGGACUCGGUAUUGCUCUCGGUGGUCUCCUUGGAUAUGCGAUCGGGCAUAUAAAAGGCGCUUUGGCAUCAUGGAGAUAUGAAUUCAUCAUCAUCGGUGCCUUAUGCUGCAUCUGGGGCAUCGUGAUUUUCAUAUUCUUGCCUGACUCGCCCGUCAGUGCGAAGUUCCUCAACGACCACGAAAAGAGAAUGACUAUUCAGAGACUGAAGGGAAACCAGACAGGUGUCGAAAACAAGCAUUUGAAGUGGUAUCAAGUGGUCGAGGCAUUCACAGAUGUCAAACUCUAUCUUUUCUUCUUACUGGGAACGGUGUGCAAUAUGCCGAAUGGAGGUAUCUCCAAUUUUGGAACUAUAAUCAUCAAAGGCUUCGGUUUCUCGACCCUGGUCACGACGUUGAUGCAAAUCCCGUACGGCAUCUUGAUCAUCUGCUCGAUCCUAGCUUGCGUAUACCUCAACGAUCGCUUCCCGAACAACAACCGCUGUCGAUUCGUGUUGCUCUUCUUGCUGCCCAACAUCGCUGGUGCAUUUGGCCUCCGCUUCGUGCCCGACUCUCAUCGUGCAGGGCGCUACAUCUGCUAUCUACUCACCGGUCCUUACAAUGCUGCAUUCGUGUUGAUCCUGUCGUUGACAAUCGCGAACACAGCAGGCCACACGAAGAAAGUGGUUACCAAUGCGGUGCUUUUCCUUGGCUACUGUACCGGCAACAUCGCGGGCCCGUUCUUUUACAAGUCGGACCAGGCUCCGCGGUACGAGUUGGGAAUCUGGAGCAUGAUCGUGAGCCAUCUCAUCGAAGUUGUCAUCAUCAUCACAUUCUGGGUCUUGAUGAAAGCGGAGAACCACCGUCGCGACAAGAUCCAAGCACAAGAAGAGGGUGGCCUUGAGGGCCGAGAUCUCGAUGCCACGGCGUUCGGUGACCUUACGGAUCGAGAGAACCUGAACUUCAGAUAUAUUUACUAG